AUAAUUUAUCACAAUGCCUUAUGGUAUUUCAUGGACUCGAUAUAUUUGUCUUGUUACAUCAGCAUUUUUUGCAACGGCAGCCGGUUCGCAAGUUGUGCAUCUCAUAUAUCGACCGCUUGAUGAUUUAGAUGAUCUUAUAGAAGAAGCAUUUCAAAAAAAAUUGUUAGAACAAAAAAAUCAUAACGAUAUGUUAGUAAAAUCUUAAUAAAUAAAUUAUACAUAAUAUUAAUUAU